CGGAGCGCUGGGCUCGCUGCGCGCUCGCCGCUCCCACCAUGGCCUCCCGCAGCACGGGCACCCUAUUGACCGAGUUCAAGGCCGCCUACAUGCCCCCCGGUCUCAUGCCCGGGUACCAAGGCCACGUGCCCGGUGCGGCCUUCUCCUUCGGAUCCACCUACGGCGCCACCACCCUCAAAUACUUCCAGGACCAGCGCAACGCAGCCCUGGAGCAGAGCCACCAUCCCUUCAGCAAAGGAGGCCACUUCCCCACCAUCUUCUCCCCGGACCCCAACCUCGUGCUGAGGAACCGCUCCCAGACCUGGGACCGCUGGCUGCACGCCCCCCGCUACACCCGCUUCAACCUGGACGGUGGCCGCUCAGCAGAGCUCUCUCACUUCUACCAGAUGGCACAGCAGCAUCGGGAGUACUAUCGAGACAAGACAGGCACGGUGCCCCGGGUCCCCUACUUCGUGCUGCCUGUGAGGGAGUGGGAACGGUACCCCAUCCCCACCGACCUGCCUCCUCUGAGCCCGAAGAAGAAGUGGCACCUUUUACGCGUAGCCCCCGAGAACCUGAGGACCUACCAGACGUUCCCAUCGGGGAAGAGGGUCCCCCCACAGGAGCGGCAGAGGAGGGACCACUACUUUGAGUUCAGAGCGUGACGCCUGAGAGCCACGGCCCUGGCCAGCUUGGCUUUUUGGAAUAAAAUCUUUAGCCA